GCUUUGGGGUGGCAUGGGGUAAGGUCUACCAUACAUGAUGGAGCAGAUCCCACCGCUACAACUCAGACAUGAAGCCUGGGAAAACCGCACUAUCGGUUAUCCAGCUCUCUUGACAGAUAGGUCAUUUUCUCACUUUCGUCCUUUUGGACACGUUUCGCUUUCGCAGGAUCACAUCGAUGGUUCUAUAGAAAGGCUGCGCGUGUAGCAUUCUAGCCUCACGCGAGUCUUGCAAGUUCUACAAGUUUAGCAAUUCUCUGAAUUCUUCGACAUGUCCUAUCUCCCCAAAGACGCCUUGACUUUAACAGGCGGCUGCUAUUGCAAAGCAAUCCGCUAUCGCAUCAAUGUGCCAGCAUGGGAUCAUCGUCCUGCAGUUCCCGGUGCGCUAGACACUCCCAUAUCUCCCAGCGAGAGCGUACCGACGAAACUGCCCGUGGUCGACAUCGAUCAUUGUAACACAUGUCGUCAAGUCUCUGGCGCCAUGGUUCAAUGCUGGUUCAUAUGUCCUGUGAGUUGGGUAGAGUGGGAUCUGCAGCCGAAGCCCUCGCACCCAGACGGGGACCAGGGCGAGCGAGAACACGAGAAAACGAUUACUUUGUCCACUCCUGAAGCGGUCGGGCCAGAUCGACAAGGCCAAAGCCGGCCAUCUACACAUGUCGCGCGCUUUUGCUGCACGGACAGAGCAACCAGGGCGUUUUGUUCUCGGUGCGGGACUCACCUGAGCUAUCUGAAUCAUGCCCGGCUGAAUACCCCCGCGGCCUUUGUCGAUGUUACUGUCGGAAGUUUCGAUCGCGAAAGCCUGGAAUUGGCAAAGCCGGACCGCCAUGGUUGGUGGGAUUUCGGGGUUGAUUGGAUUCAAUCUUUGCUGACGAAGGGGGAUGGUGGCUUCUUGAUCCGGCAUCAUACGGGAGAUUUGACCAAAGCUGUAGAAUAUUGAGCGGCAGUGCAGUUGGUCAAGAUGCUGGUGCUGGGGAUAUUGAUCCUCUGCUAAUGGCACUCACAAGCAGCCAUGCGGCGGGGGAUAGGACAAUCAUCGACUUUCAGGGAGAGGACAGUCUUAUUAGUGUUGUGGCCGCAAUGCAGGUAACGGUCAUGAUAUACAUUAUAAGAAACCUCUUUGUAUAAUCAUCGAUGAUAGGAAAAAUAUGCUAUUUCGCAUAUAACAACUACUGGGAACUCUGGGUACGACCAGUGCUGCAAGGUCC